GUCUGGGCAGGUUCUAAGAUUUCCAUAGAAACAAAAUCGGUUGUAGAUAAUAAAAAAAAGAAUUGUUCAGUAGACAAAGAUAACGAGAAUGCGACUAUAGGCAAACGAAAGAGACGUAAACCAUCGAAUGAUUCAGGAAUUGCACCAAAAAGGAAGAAAUUAAUGUCAGAAGAAAAAAAGCUGAUCAGUUGUGUUGGUCUUGACGCUGAUCCAUCCAAAUGUGGGUCAGUUUUUGGUGAGACGCAUUCUAUAACGAAAAUCCUGGUCGAGGAUACAAGACUUCAAGUGCACGCAAUUGCAAGAGAGUUGGGGAUGAUUAGAAAAAGUGAGUUGAAGAGUAAAUCUAACGACGAAGGAAAAUGCGAAUUGAAUGAAGAGCUUCUUGAGAACAACAUAAUGGAAGUACUUGAAACUUUUGUACUGUCUCAGAAUGAACCGGGUUUCAGAGGAAACACUGUUCUGACAGAUAACAUCAAAAAUAUUAUACAUAGCAUAGUUGAGAAGUAUAUGAUGGAAUCUGUUUUCGAUGAUAGGACAGAUGCUGUGGACAAAUCUGCCACUAGUUUUAACAGCUCCAAAAUGUUUCGACCAUAUAUAAACUAGUUUGUGUUAAUUAGAUGAAUGAUUUUUAUAUUUAUCAUGUGAACUUUUGGAAAACUUGUGAAAAUUUCUUUGUAUUUUUUUGAACAGAAUUAUAUGUUUCUCGACACCUAAA